CUGAUGUACAUUCAUCACAAGGAGCAAUGGUGCGUUGUGUGUUCUUAGGCUGCCUCUUGACUUUUGCUUUUUACUUUUUCGCCAAACAUGAAUGCAAGUCAAGUGAGUUUACCUUGCCAGGGGACUAUAUACUUGGGGGAAUUUUUGAUGUGCAUUCAGCCAGUGACGUUGUGAUUCCGAAUUCUCCUAUGGCACUAGAGUGCAAAACGCAGCCAUUUUCAAUGUCAGCUUAUCAGAUGCUUGAGGUGAUGCGGUUUGCUGUGGAGCAGAUUAAUAACUCCACAACCAUCUUGCCUAACAUCUCUCUUGGAUAUGAGAUCUUUGAUUACUGCUUAAAAACUCGGAGUUUUCCUUCAAUUCUUUAUUUUAUCUCAGACAAUGGACGAAUCAAUAUGUCGGCCAAGGAGAACAAACAUAAUGUUAUUGGUCUCGUGGGUGCAUAUGCAAGCUCAGAAUCUGUGUCUGUUGCACCUUUAUUCAUGAUGGACCUCAUUCCAAUGAUUAGCUAUGCCUCCUCCAGCUAUAGUCUAAGCAAUAAGUGGGUCUAUCCAAGUUUUUUGAGGACUGUACCAACCAACCAAGAUCUAAUUAUGGUUAUAAUUAAGCUAAUUCAGCAAUUUGGAUGGAAUUGGGUAGCUUUCAUUAGCAGCAAUGAUGCAUACAGUCAAAAUGGCCUCGAAUUAUUUAUCAGUAACAUCAAAGACACCAGCAUCUGCUUGGCCUUUUUCUACGAACUUAAUUCAAAGUCCAAUUAUUCAGAUGUACUAAACAAGAUAGACUCACUCAGCAUCAACGUGAUCAUAGUCUUCACGCAGGCACUCCCUGCCCGACAAUUUGUCAAAACAGCCAUCAGAAUCAAUAUUAGAGACAAAGUUUGGAUAGCGGGUGAUACAUGGUCUAUGGAUGAAGAACUUAUCAGUUACCCAGGCAUUGAGCAAAUUGGGACUAUUUUCGGUGUUACAGCAACAACUCUGAGUUUACCUGGAUUUGACGACUUUGUCUACCAAACAAGGCUCGUUGGGGAAAAUGAUGACUGUGUGAAUUGUGAGGAUGGAGAGACGUGCAAUCAGGUUUGCGAAAACUGCACAAGCCUGAAUGCAGAGGACAUUAUAAGCCAAAACCCUACAUACUCAUUCUCCAUCCAGGCGGCUGUGUACGCCUUUGCCUACGCGCUCCAUCAAGCGCUCAAUUGCAGCAUGACAGGGUGUGAUCCACCUAGAGACAUCCCACCUUAUGUGCUUCUCAGUUACCUGAAAAAGUUGAGCUUCACAUUACAAAACCAGCAAAUUGAAUUCGACAAACAUGGAGAUCCACCAGCCAGUCUUGCAGUAGUACUUUGGAGGCCAAACAAAAAUCCACUUUUUGUAAUGGCUGCUACAUAUGAAUCAUACCCAACUAUUCAGUUUACCUUGAACCGCCGUGCUGUUCCCUGGUCUGAUAAUAGCACAGUGCCCUAUUCUAAUUGUUCUAUUCAAUGUGAAACUGGUUUUAAAAGAGUCCAAACUUCAAUACAUAAGUGCUGUUUUCAGUGUGAGAAAUGCAAUGCCCAUACAUACAUCAACACCACAGCGGAUGCUUACAGUUGUACUCCAUGUGUAGAGGGUUACUGGUCUGAUGAAAUGAGCAUAAUCUGCAAAAAGCGCACUAUUGUCUAUCUUCAACUCGAGGACCCUCUGUGCAUGUUAUUCUUCGUAUGUGCUGUGGCCUUCAUUGUUGUCUCCAUUGGACUCAUAAUCCUUUUUGGCAUCAACUACAACACUCCUGUGGUAAAGUCUGCUGGUGGUAAUAUGUGCUUGCUUAUGUUAUUUUGUUUGAUUCUGGCCAACAUUGGGGUGUUCUUUUACUUUGGAGUACCAGACCCAGUGAAUUGUGUUUUAAGGAAUGUCUUUUUCAUAUUUUUCUACACUAUUUGCCUUUCUUGUAUGGGUGUACGUUCCUUUCAAAUUGUUUGUGUCUUCAAAAUGGCUGCCCAGUUUCCAGAUGUCUAUCACUGGUGGAUGAAGAACAAUGGUCAGUGGCUCUGUAUUAAUGUCUACUCUUUCAUACAGCUUGUUGCUUGUGGGAUAUGGCUUCUAACUGGAAGACCCAAACCCUACAAUGACAGUACUUCUUUUAAAGAUCAGACUAUUUUGGCAUGUGAUAUGGGAUCAAUGGUCACAUCCACCUUGGCUUGGUCUUGUCUCUGGUUUCUUAGUAUAGUCUGUUUCUGUUUCUCCUACAUGGGCAAAGAUCUUCCAAAAAGCUACAAUGAAGCAAAGAACAUCACGUUUAGCUUGCUCAUAUUUUAUCUGGGCUGGAUUGCAUAUUUCACAGCGUACAUUGUGUUCAGAGGAGCUUACAUACAGCUUCUUAAUGCAGUUGCACAGCUGUCCAGUUCAUAUGGAAUUGUUAUAAGUUUCUAUAUGCCAAGGGCCUACAUCAUUAUAUUCCAACCCAAAAAGAACACCCAGGCAUACUUUCAGUCAUCAAUCCAGACAUAUACACAGACUCUUAGCAGAAUGUAGAUAUAUUUAACCACAUAGGAGAUGGAUGUAUGUGUAAGUGCAGGUCCUCAUCAAUAGAGGCCAAAUCCAUAUUCAUAAUCAUAGGUUAAAAAAAAAAUCUAUUAAAAUAAAAGCUAAGUUCAAUGACAAGAACAAGAACUAGAUUGAACAAAAGGCAGGAACCUAAGAAUAGUAAACAGGACACAGAACAAUUAGCAAAACAUAUUUAAGGGAUAUACUGUAUAUAACCAAAACCGUGGGUGUGGUAAUGCACUAGAUGAAACACCAGGUGGCGCAUGUGGUGUGAUGCAUGAAAGAGAGACGGGUCAGAGACUAGACUGGGGACCAAGAUUGCCAUUAGAGCAAGAACAAAACACAGGAUCAGAGAGAUAGAAGCGACAAGGACCACGGAACAAUAAAGAGCUGAGACACGGACUGGAAUAAGACAGGGAUAGGACUAACAAAGACACAGGAGAAGGAUGAGAGACAGACUUGGGGGAAGAAACAGAACCAUUUACAAUGAUAUCUAACCUAGGUGGCUCUUAAAACUAGCCUUAGCCGCAUAUUUCCUCUCCAUUGCUGUUUGGUCAAACUGUGCUUCUAGCAGAGGAAACCCUUCUGUAAUCCCUCCUCACCUUUUGUGUCUCGAUAGUCUUUCCCAGAUCAGUGAGAGUUUCCCCCUCACAAUUUUAUGGCAGUUGAUAACCUGACCACUGUAUUUCAACAUAAAAUAAUGAUAAUGUCAAAGAUAUGAUGUGUUACAAACAUAAAUCACGACCAUAAAUUUUCAAUACAAAAUAUAUUUUUAUGAUCCUAUUAUCAAUAACAUAUUUGGAGAGAUAUUGCUUUUAUAUAGACUUUAUCUGGCUUUGUAUUUGGUCAUUUUGAAGAUGUUUUGAAACGUGCUUGUAAUACUAUACUUGAGUGAAUCUCAUUGUACUAUGGAAAGUGGACGUGUAAUGAUGCAUGUAGUGGCUUAAUCAAAUUGAUAUAUGUAAAGUGGACAUGGCCGUUGCUUCCAUCCUUCCUAGUUGACUCGCACAGCAUGUCAUGUCUGUCACGAAAGAUUUCAUGUAGCAAAUGCAACGCCUCUGUUUUUAGAUUGUACUUUCACAUGGUGCUUAUCAGCUCGUUGCUCUGAUUUCAUCCUGACUUUAGCUUACAGCAAGAAUUUUUCUCAGGUGGAUUACAUUUUCCAUUAAAUAUAGCUUUCUUUUCAUAGAACGGAAGUUCAACACUGUGACCACUUAUUUUCUCUGACAAUGUGCAAUUACAACAUGUUUAUGAAUGGAUAAAGGUGUUCUAUUAAAACUUAAAAUAUUAUCUACAUUUAAUCAUGUAUUUUAAAAAAUAACUGGACAAAAAUGUCUUGAAUAAAGUUCUAAUAUAUAUAAUUUUUUAUUGUGAAAUUUCUAUGUUAA